AUGUUUGUGGAUGCGGAGACAAAAUGGGCGGAGGCCAAGGUUGCCCAUGCUGUGCGCCGGGCAAUCCAAAAGAUCCGUGUCUGCACUCCUGAGAACCGAGAAACGCUUGAAGCUGAGAUGGUCCAGACCCUUUCUUCAAGGGAAGUUGAGCUGGGAAGCUUGCUGGACCAGGUUCGGUUAGAAUGCGAUCGUGCUCUGGAGAUUGCAGACAAGCGUGUCACGUACGUGCAGCAGCAGCGGCAAGAGGAGGAAGAGAAGAUGCGCAAGCCAAAGGAGGCUUUGGAGGAGCUUGAGCAGAUGCUGGCAAGCUUCCGCCAGAGCUGCUUGGAGUUUGAGGAACAAAUCGCAGAAGAAGGGACAGUGUCUCCUGAACAGGUGAGCGCUGCAGAGGGCCGUUUCGAGGAGUUCAACUCAAAGGCCAAGAAGUUCCGCGACGAACUCAAGGAGUUUGUUGCGCAACACUCAAAAGAAUUCCAGAACCAGAAACUGCCGCUUGCAAUUCGACAAGGCUGGCUGGAACAGGUGCGCACGUGCGCAAUGGCAAGCAAGGAGGCCGACGAACUUAUUGAAAAGGGUCGCACAGCUGUGACAGAAGCUAAGACCCUGGCCAAGAAGGAGCUUCUCACCGCAGCCAAGACGCGCCUCGAUGAAGAGCUUCGGGAGGCGCCUGCUGCCUUCGCCAAGGCACAGCAGCUUGUGAUGGUGUGCGAAGAGAAGGUGCAGCCCUUCGUUGGCAUACCACAGGGCAAGGAUGAGCACCAAAUGCAGUCCAUAGCCAAGGAGCUAGACAACAUGGUCGGCUCAGCCAGCGAGGGCGUGGUCUCUGCGAGAUCGACGCUCAGCUCGCAGACUGCAAACGUGGAGGUGGCUGAUGAGAUUAAGGAGGACAUCGAGCAGUACAUGCAGGAUCAGACGAAGAGACUCCGGAUUCGUUUGGGCCAACUGGACCGAAGGAUCUUGAGGGUCCGCAACCUCGUUUGCAACUACCAGAAGGACCUCCAGAAAGAGAAGAGUGGCAAGAUCAUCCGUGAUUUGAAAGCCAAAGCUCUAGACAGCAUCGAGGACUCCAAGGUGCAGGAAAAAGCCGAGGAGGCCGAAGCGGCGAUCAAGGAAGCCGAAAGGAAGUCAGAAAAGCUGAAAGCCAUGGACACCUUGCCCUUGCCCGAGCUGCAGGCCCGAGCUGUCAGCACCUCUCUGCAAAAUUCUGAAACAGUCUACGGGUCUGCGGAGGAUGGGCUGCAACAAGUGGAGGCUGGCCUAGUGAAGGCCGCCAAGGAGACCUUGGACUCGGUCACGAACAUGCUAUGCCCAUUGCAGGACUGGGGAAUUGCAGUGUGCAUCAUUCCUCAAGAUGCACAAGUGGCGGCAGCAACUUCAGAUAAGGAUGUCGAUGAUGACGUCAGGGUGACUCUCUGCAAGCACGUGCUCUCCAAGAAGAGCAGAGUCUUGGAUGCAAGUGCUCCAGUGACUGUCGUCAGAAGAGCUGUAUUUUUCUCGCAAGUGUCCAGGCCUGAAGAGCAAGCUGCUUUCUCUGGAGCAGCGGGUGAAGAAGGUGUUCAGCGUGGCUGA